GUGAGACACACUGUGCUAGGCUCAUUAGACACCCGAGCUUCUCUAGCAACAGCUAGAUCUCUAUGGUUACAAGGCCACGCCCAUCAACCCGUCUGUUCUAGCCUGGGUCCUUCUCCAGCUCUAUGGUCUAAUUGGGUGCCCCGCCUUCCUCGGGAGUCAGCUCCUCUCCGCUCUAGCUCCAGUCCCGGCACCUCUCUAUGGUUUGGAACCGGCCCCGCUAGUCUCCUGCCUGUUUCCUCCCGCUCUCUGGGGGAGCUGAGUCCGCCACAUGCCGGAAGUGGGUCUCCCUCUCCGACUCUAUGGUACCUUGGAGGAGAGAGGGGCCCAUCAUGCCGGCAGUGCCUGUUCCCCACGUGUUUCCGGUUGGCGGCAGGGCCGGGGGGAGUCGCGUUACAUCCAGGAGGAAGGGGCCGGCCUGGGCCUGACCUUGCGGGGGAGGGAGGCUGUUGACCCCUGACCGCUGGGCUCAGUGAUCCCCCGAGGAGCGCGGCGGAGCAAGUCGUGACCUCCCGCCCCAAACACUAGGGACCCGGCGCUGACUUGCUAUGCGAUGGAUCCGCUCAGGGCUCAGCAGUUGGCAGCCGAGCUGGAGGUGGAGAUGAUGGCUGACAUGUACAACAGGAUGACCAACGCCUGUCACCGGAAGUGCGUCCCUCCCCACUACAAGGAGGCAGAGCUCUCGAAGGGGGAGUCUGUGUGCCUGGACCGUUGCGUCUCUAAGUACCUGGACAUCCACGAGCGCAUGGGCAAGAAACUGACAGAACUUUCCAUGCAGGACGAGGAGCUGAUGAAGAGAAUGCAGCAGGGGGCGGGGCCAGUGUAGGGAUUUCCUCUUGAACAUGGACGACUGGCCCAGUGGCCCCACCAUUGCCUUCCGGACUCAACCCUGUGCCCCGUCAAUAAAACCUCUGCAGUUGUGUAUGA